GAGUUCACCAACUAUGUCCUCUAUGUUCAGACUUUCCUUAAUUCUUUACCUAUGUUGGUUGGUUCAUCAAAUGUCUCAUUUGAUGUCUCCUUUGACAGUACUGCUUCUGUCAUUGAAAUUUGACCUUUUCUCAUAUUCGAUAUCUGUAUUGGAGUUCGAUUAAUUAUUUGAAUUUGUGUCGAGAAAUCGGUAAAGCAGUCCAUGUCAUAGGCCGCUGAUCCUUCAACUUCUACAACCUCUGUUUUCUCACCUACUAAUUCUUUGUCACUUUUCUUCAUCUUCCAUGAUUCAUGUGCAUUCAAGAUCUUAACUUAAAACCAUUUUUUCACCUCCUUUUUAUUUUACAAAAUUCAUCAAAUGGAAUCUGUUUCUCCUAUGAGAAGUCCUCCAGGUUCUUCUUCCCAUGCUGGCUUCCCAAUAAUUGUCAUUGCCAUCAUCGGUAUCGUGGCUACUUGUUUAUUGCUAGUUAGUCACUACAUUUUUGUAAUCAAAUGUUGUUUGAAUUGGCACAGAAUUGAUAUUUUGAGGCGAUUUUCUUUCUCUACAAGGCAGAGUGUCCUAGACCCCUCAACAGUUUACUCCCCUGCAGUGGAAAAUCGGGGACUCGACGAAUCUGUAAUUCGAUCAAUCCCAGUUUUCCAGUACAAGAAAAGGGAAGAAAAAGAUGCAAGCUUUGAGGAGAAAACAAGAAGUUCAUGUGAAUGUGCUGUUUGUUUGAAUGAUUUUCAAGAAAAUGAGAAGCUUAGAAUAAUUCCAAGUUGUGCUCAUAUUUUCCACAUUGAUUGUAUUGAUGUUUGGCUUCAAAACAAUGCAAAUUGUCCACUUUGCAGAACCAACAUCUCAUCAAUUAAAUUUCCUCAAGAUUAUCCAAAUGAUAAUUUCACAGGAAGAGAUGAAGAUUAUGUUGUCAUAGAAAUAGCAGAAAACAAUCCAACAUUAUCAGGGCAUUCCUCAAGAACAAAUGGUUCAAAUUUUUCAAGAAAUUUGAUUUCAAGCAUGGGGGAUGAGUGCCUUGACAUAAGAAAAAAAGAUGAAGAUUUUGCAUUCCAACACAUUAGGAGAUCAUUCUCUAUGGAUUCAGCUGCUGACAGACAACUUUAUUUGACAGUUCAAGAGAUUGUACAGCAGCAGAGGCAAGUUCCUGAUGGUAGUCCUUGUGAAGGUAACAGUGCCAGAGUCAUCAAAAGAUCAUUUUUCUCUUUUGGGCAUGGAAGGGGUUCAAGAAAUGCAGUUCUACCACUUCAUUGGGAGCCAUAGUGGCGAACAGAAGGGCAACUCGAUACACUAAAUUCCCACUGUGCGCGAGGUCGAUGGAAGGGUUAUACACAUUUGGUCUGUUUUAUAUGAUCCUACCUUGUAUUUUUGGAAAAAAAAACUAUUUUCAUAGCUUAAUCCGUCGUGCCCUCUUGGUUACAAGCAUACAACAGUGUUAUAACUCCCUUUCAUUUA